AUGAAGCCGUCGAAAUGGCGGAUUCAAUUCGAGACGGAGGAAGAAGAAACCAUCUGUGCCUCCUCGCCGAAAACGAUGAUGCAGCGCGACCCGUCCUCUCCGACGAGCCCGAGUCGUAAACGGAAAGAUUUUGUUGUCGGGGCAGGAGGAGGAGCGAUGGAUAAGUUGGAUGAAAAGAAAACGAGGAGAAUUCCAUUUUUAACCGCUCUGGAAACGAAGAAUUUGGAGUUCAACGCGCAACACGCGACGAGAGAGUGUUUGAGACAUUUUGGGUUACCAGUCGUUUUGAAAGAUAGGAAACGAAUGAAACGGAAUAACAGUAACAGUACUACUACUACUACUACUACGAAUAGGAACGAGAAAAAGAGCGGCAAGAAUACGACGGAAUUAACGCUGAGCGAAAUCCGAGGGAACGUGAAAUGGGGGUGGGCGCGCGAGGCGACGAAAACGGGCGUGAAAGAAGCAAAACGAGGCCAUUUUAUGAUCGCGUUGAAAGCGUUUGACCGAGCGAUUGAGUUAGACUCGAAGCACGUGGACGCGUACGUCGCGAGAGGUGCGGUGUUAGCCAAAAAUACGGAUUCGGAGAAGAUGACGGUGUCGAGGCGAGUGGAGUGUUUGGAGGAGGCGAGGAGGGAUUUCAGGUUGGCGUUGGAGAUGGAAGAAGGGCACGAGGACGCGAAGAAAUAUUUAGAGAAAGUCGAGGAGGAAUUGUUGGAGUUGAGAGAGAAACUCGAAAAGCAACGCGUUCCAGUCGUCGUUGCGACGAAGAGAAAAAUUUCGGCGGCGACGAGAAUUUCGUCCUCCGGCGGCGUGUUGCCGGCGGACAGAGCGAGGUUGGAGCAAAGAGAGAAGGAUGAGGAUCGCAUCGAGAUUACGAACAACGGCAUUAACAAAAACGGCAAUGGAAACGGUAUCCUCACGAAUACUCAAAAGAAUGCACUCGAGGAGGAUAAGGAAAUGACGGAGUUCUUAGAAGCGGAAAUCGAAGCCGAGAUGGCGCGAAAAGAAAAGGAGAAACAUCGAAAGGAGAAAAAGAAGCGCAAGAGGAAGAAGAAGGAGAAAAAGAGCAAACACAAAAAGAAGAAAAGCAGGAAGAAAUCGUCGUCGUCGUCUGAAUCGUCGUCGUCAUCGAGCAGUAGCAGUAGCAGUAGUACGAGUAGUAGUAGCAGCUAA